ACGUCGUAUCGUUAUAUCGCGCUCUGCGCUUUGCGCCGUGUGCUGUGUGUGGCGCUGGGCGCUGAUAAAAUAAACGGGAGAUAUAUACUCGAGCGGACUUACAUACAUUUAUGAUGUCUAUAUGUAACGAGCUCAAUUGGAGUUGGAGCUUUCUCAUUUUUAUUGGCGAAAGAUACCGGAAAUAGACGUCAGGCUACCCGUGAGUGAUAGACGAUAGUGGUGAAAUCGGAAUCGCCAAAGCUUCCGAAGGUUUACGACGAGAAUGGACAAUUUCGAGAGAGAAAGCAGAAAGGAGACUGGCAGGCAGGAUGACGGAAGGCAAGGCAUCGGACGCGGACAGCGUGUCUGUAUCUGGGAUGGGCUCCCGCAAAAUAGCGCGACGCUCAGGCGACCACAUUGCGCAUCGAGUGCCAAUCAGCCUGGUGCAGAAGCCACCUCGUCCUUGUCGCCGCAAGCAGCAGAGUUUGUCCCGAGGUCCAUGUUACAGACUACCUUACCUCUUCAAUCUAUCCACCAAUAUUCAAAGAGUUCAAGGAUACAAGAUAGACUCAGAAUCGCUCGUGAAGCACCGUUGAAUACUGUAUACGUACCUCCUUCGCUUGUAAAGGAGGACAUAGCCCUCGAAGAUGCUUUACAACAGCAGUGCAACAUACAAGAUUCGGAAAUAGAAAGCUAUAAUAAAUAUAAGGAUGAUCGACGCAAUUUGAAUAAGAAUAAGAAGAAAGAAGAGCAAAAGGAGGAGGAAAACGCUUUUGAAACUUGUCAACGUCUCAAUGACAUUAUCAAUAUUUUAAUUGUAAAUCCUGCAGAAUUCACCAGCUUAAUUCCGUCGUUUGUCAAAAAACUUAGGUGGGACCGAAAUACGCGCUGCCUACAAGUGGUUGUAACAACCAUAAUCGAAUCGUCUAUAGCUGAAAGCAAUUUUCGAUAUAAUGGAGCCCGAUUCUGUAAAUAUUUCGAUAAUAUUUUAGAAGACUGCAAAGAACAGUUUAUGUUCUCCAAAGAACUAUUCAGAGAUUUAUUAUAUUUCCAAUGUAGAUUGGAGACUCGAUUCGAAGAAAACGAGUGGCAAAAGCAAAGUGAAGAGAAACGCGAUCAAAAAAAGUGCAAUGGAUUGAUAUUGUUUUUGGCAGAAUUGGUCGCCCAGAUGGACGAAUCUUUUGCUUUUACUUUAGGAGAAGUCUUGGUAUGGUUUAUUACCAAGGUACUGCAGAGACCGGCGUCAAAUUCUGUAAAGUACAUUUGCCAAGCGCUCAAACUGGCAGGUCAUGUACUGGAAAAAGACAAGAGCAAGAGUAAAGAUAUGGAAAAUAUGAUGCGGGCGCUAACAGAACUGGUAAAUAACGGGCAAGUUGAUACGCAUGUGGGAAAUAUGGUAAACAGCGUUCACGAAUUACGAAAGGAUUGGGGAAGAAAAAUGUCAAAUUGUGAUUUGUCUGGGACAAGCAACGCAUUAUCAAAUAAAGCUGGUUACCAGCAACCGGAUCAACUAGGUGCAUCUAAUUAUAACUCGUCUGAAAACACCGCAUUAUUGAGAGAGGCACAGUUGGAUCAACCGGUAAUGUAUGGUCCUGACGGCGAAAUUUUAUCUGCGGAGGAAAGUAAAUUUCUCCAAGACAAUAUCAAAUUAGAUUUCGACAAUCAGCGGAUAUCCGAAGACGAAUACGAGGAUGAUAACUAUGAUGACGAAAUUGCGUCCGCUUAUGAAGAGUUUUUGAAAGAUAAAUCGAAAUAAAGUGCAAGAUAAAAUGGAUGUUAUUUAACAUAAAUCAAAUUAUAUUAUGACUCAUUUCGCUAUACGUACAUAAAUAUUUGUUUAAAAAUUUUGUGAUUAAAAGAGAGGAAUUGGAUUUUAUUACAUAUGAACAUUAAAAGUCGAAUGCAAAAUAUUCACACAUUUUAAAGGUAGGAACAGAGCAUUGCAUAUACAUUAUAAAAUACUGGUCCUACAAAACUCCGGUCCGAAAAAAUGCAUCAAACACGAAAUAAUUUUCAAUUCAUUCAACAUGUUUCAUCACGUGUACAGAUAUGAUACAGUAAUAUUUGCAUAUAUGUAGCAUACAGAGUAUAAUAAAAUGAAAAGCACCAAUAUAAAUCCAAUAGAUUUGAAGAUGCGAAAAAAUUGUAAUUAUACAAUCUAUAUAAAUAAUUUGUAUAAUACCAAAAGAUAAAUAUGACGUGUAAAGACAUCUUAUGUUUUUCUCAAUAUUAUUAUUU